AUGAAUCCCUACGAAUAUGAGUCCACACUGGAUUGCCGCGACGCGGGCGGCGGACCUGGUCCCGGGACCCUACCCAUGACCGGACGCCACAAGUCGACGGCCGUCCACGACAGCCAAACCCUGCAACACCAGCAGAAUCAACAGAAUAUGCAAUCCGCUGCUGCUGCAGCAGCGGCCGCGGCCGCGGCAGCGCAGUCACAUUACGAUUACGAAUAUCAACAUUUGACCCAUCGUCCACCGGAUACAACAACAGGAAACACAACGGCGCGCACACACGGCAGACAAGGCUUUCUCCUUGAAGGAGUCGCAGCGGCACCACCAGAUGUACCCCCACGCAAUCCGACAAUGAGUCGCAUGAAUAAUGGUCGUUUAAUUGCCGGCGUUGGUAAUAAUCCAAAUGAUUUGGGUGUUGAUUUUGAGCCAUCGUGUUUGGUGCGAACACCAUCGGGCAACGUUUACAUUCCUAGUGGAAAUAUAAACAUCAACAAGGGGUCACCCAUCGAUUUCAAAAGCGGCUCGGCCUGUUCCACACCCACUAAAGACACACUUAAGGGCUACGAGCGUAGCACGCCCGGCUGUCCGGGCCUGCCGCCUCGCGUCAUGAACGGUCUGCCCACACACCACUACUCGGCGCCGAUGAACUUCCGGAAGGGUCUCAUCGCCCGGUGUUCGACACCCUGUGUGACCAUUGCAGCGAUUUCGGCAUUUGUCGUUCUCUGCCUGCUGCUCAUUCUGCUGAGCAGCACCGGAGUCCUGCACUGGUCCCAGCCAGCGCCCUGCACAGUUCUAGUCGGCAAUGAGGCGGCCGAGGUGACGGCGGCCAAGAGCACGAACACGGAUCUAUCGAAAUUGCACAACUCAUCGGUACGCGCGAAAAAUGGUCAAGGCGGACAAAAUGGUGGCGGCGGGGGCACGGGAGGCACGGGCCUGGCUACUGUAACUACGGCCACAUCGAAUAGCGGCACGGCUCAGGGGCUGCAGUCGACAUCGGCUUCGGCGGAGGCAACAUCCUCAGCGGCGGCUGCUUCGGCUACCGCCACCUCCUCGCAGUCGCAAUCAUCGUUAACGCCUUCCUCGUCCCUGUCAUCGUCCUUGGCAAAUGCCAAUAAUGGAGGAGCACGCACAUUCCCGGCGCGCAGUUUCCCACCGGAUGGCACCACAUUUGGCCAAAUAACAUUGGGCCAGAAGCUGACGAAGGAGAUACAGCCCUAUAGCUAUUGGAAUAUGCAGUUCUAUCAGUCGGAAGCGGCCUACGUAAAGUUCGAUUAUACCAUACCGCGCGGAGCCUCAAUCGGCGUCUAUGGGCGACGCAAUGCGCUGCCAACCCACACACAGUACCACUUUAAGGAGGUGCUGAGUGGUUUCAGUGCAGGCACGCGUACUGCCAGAGCGGCACAUUUGUCCAUAACGCGCGAAGUUACACGCUACAUGGAGUCGGGUCAUUGGUUCAUCUCGCUCUACAACGACGAUGGGGAUCUUCAGGAGCUUACUUUUUAUGCGGCCAUUGCCGAGGAUAUGACACAGAACUGUCCCAACGGCUGCUCCGGCAACGGACAGUGCCUGCUCGGGCAUUGUCAGUGCAAUCCCGGCUUCGGAGGCGACGAUUGUAGUGAGAGCGUCUGCCCAGUUCUGUGCUCCCAGCAUGGCGAGUACAUCAACGGCGAAUGCAUUUGCAAUCCGGGCUGGAAGGGCAAGGAGUGCUCCCUUCGGCAUGAUGAGUGUGAGGUUGCCGAUUGCAAUGGCCAUGGUCAUUGCGUCAGCGGCAAGUGCCAAUGCAUGCGCGGCUAUAAGGGAAAAUUCUGUGAAGAAGUUGACUGUCCUCAUCCGAAUUGCUCAGGUCAUGGUUUCUGUGCGGAUGGUACUUGCAUUUGCAAGAAAGGCUGGAAAGGUACCGAUUGCGCCACCAUGGAUCAGGAUGCUCUGCAGUGUCUGCCAGACUGCUCGGGCCAUGGUAGUUUUGAUCUGGACUCCCAGACCUGCACCUGCGAGUCGAAGUGGAGUGGCGACGAUUGCUCAAAAGAGCUGUGCGACUUGGACUGUGGCCAGCAUGGCCGCUGCGAAGGCGAUGCCUGUGCCUGUGAUCCUGAGUGGGGUGGCGAGUAUUGCAACACAAAACUGUGCGAUGCCCGUUGCAAUGAGCAUGGACAAUGCAAGAAUGGAACUUGUUUGUGCGUCACCGGCUGGAAUGGCAAGCAUUGCACGAUUGAGGGCUGUCCCAACAGCUGUGCUGGCCAUGGACAGUGUCGCGUCAGUGGUGAGGGUCAAUGGGAGUGUCGUUGUUACGAAGGCUGGGAUGGACAAGACUGCGGCAUUGCGCUCGAAUUGAAUUGCGGCGACAGCAAGGACAAUGACAAGGAUGGCCUAGUUGAUUGCGAAGAUCCCGAGUGCUGUGCCAGCCAUGUGUGCAAGACCUCCCAGUUGUGUGUCUCUGCGCCGAAACCCAUCGAUGUGCUGUUGCGGAAACAGCCUCCGGCCAUAACGGCCUCAUUCUUCGAACGCAUGAAGUUCCUCAUCGACGAAAGCAGCUUACAAAACUAUGCCAAGCUCGAAACGUUCAAUGAAAGUCGCUCGGCAGUUAUACGCGGUCGUGUCGUAACCUCACUGGGUAUGGGCCUGGUGGGGGUGCGAGUCUCAACGACAACCCUAUUGGAAGGUUUUACACUUACACGCGAUGAUGGUUGGUUCGAUCUGAUGGUGAAUGGUGGCGGCGCUGUAACUUUGCAGUUUGGACGAGCACCCUUCCGUCCACAGUCGCGCAUUGUGCAAGUACCCUGGAAUGAGGUGGUCAUCAUCGAUGUAGUGGUGAUGUCCACGUCCGAGGAAAAGGGUUUAGCAACGACUUCGACGCAUACUUGCUUCUCUCACGAUUACGAUCUUAUGAAACCCGUCGUGCUGGCCUCGUGGAAGCAUGGCUUCCAGGGCGCAUGCCCCGAUCGCAGCGCUAUUCUUGCAGAGUCUCAAGUCAUACAGGAGUCCCUGCAAAUACCUGGCACUGGUCUCAAUCUCGUCUACCAUUCGUCCCGUGCCGCUGGCUACCUGUCCACCAUUAAGCUGCAACUAACGCCCGAUAGCAUUCCCGCCUCGUUGCAUCUCAUUCAUCUGCGCAUUACCAUCGAGGGCAUUCUGUUCGAGCGUGUGUUCGAGGCUGAUCCGGGCAUUAAGUUCACCUAUGCCUGGAAUCGCCUUAACAUCUACAGACAGAGAGUCUAUGGUGUGACCACAGCCGUUGUCAAAGUUGGCUAUCAAUACACCGACUGCAAGGACAUUGUCUGGGACAUACAAACCACCAAACUAAGCGGUCACGACAUGUCUAUCUCUGAGGUGGGCGGCUGGAACUUGGACAUCCAUCAUCGCUACAACUUCCACGAGGGUAUUCUGCAAAAGGGUGAUGGCUCCAACAUCUAUCUGCGAAACAAGCCUCGCAUUAUCCUAACGACCAUGGGUGAUGGGCAUCAGCGACCACUGGAAUGCUUGGACUGUGACGGUCUAGCCAUGAAGCAACGCUUGCUGGCACCAGUUGCGCUUGCAGCUGCCCCCGAUGGCAGCCUCUUCGUAGGUGACUUCAACUACAUUCGUCGCAUCAUGACCGAUGGCAGCAUUCGUACAGUCGUCAAACUGAACGCCACACGUGUCUCGUACCGCUAUCACAUGGCGCUGAGUCCAUUGGACGGCACUCUGUACGUUUCCGAUCCGGAAUCACAUCAGAUCAUUCGAGUGCGCGACACGAGCGACUACUCACAGCCGGAACUGAAUUGGGAGGCCGUUGUGGGUUCGGGCGAACGUUGUCUGCCUGGCGAUGAGGCGCACUGCGGCGAUGGAGCGCUGGCUAAGGACGCUAAGCUGGCUUACCCUAAGGGAAUUGCUAUCUCCAGUGAUAAUAUACUGUACUUUGCCGAUGGAACCAACAUUCGCAUGGUCGAUCGAGACGGCAUCGUGACGACACUCAUAGGCAAUCACAUGCACAAGUCGCACUGGAAACCAAUACCCUGCGAGGGCACGCUAAAGCUCGAGGAAAUGCAUCUGCGCUGGCCAACCGAACUAGCUGUGUCCCCCAUGGAUAACACACUGCAUAUUAUCGACGACCACAUGAUCCUACGCAUGACGCCCGAUGGACGCGUUCGAGUGAUUUCGGGACGUCCGCUUCACUGUGCCACCGCCUCUACUGCCUACGACACAGACUUGGCUACGCACGCUACUCUGGUAACCCCGCAGUCCAUUGCCUUUGGACCUCUCGGUGAACUGUUUGUUGCGGAGAGCGACUCGCAGCGCAUAAAUCGCGUGCGUGUGAUCGGCACCGAUGGACGUAUUGCCGCCUUUGCCGGCGCCGAGUCCAAAUGCAACUGCCUGGAGCGCGGCUGUGACUGCUUUGAGGCGGAGCACUACCUGGCGACCAGUGCCAAGUUCAACACCAUUGCUGCCCUGGCCGUGACACCCGAUGGACACGUGCACAUUGCCGAUCAGGCAAAUUAUCGCAUACGCUCGGUCAUGUCCAGCAUACCAGAGGCCAGUCCAUCGCGCGAGUAUGAAAUCUAUGCACCCGAUAUGCAGGAGAUUUAUAUAUUCAACCGCUUUGGCCAGCAUGUGUCCACGCGCAACAUUUUGACCGGCGAAACCACCUACGUCUUCACUUACAACGUCAACACAUCCAACGGUAAGCUGAGCACAGUGACGGACGCAGCAGGCAACAAAGUGUUCCUCUUGCGUGACUACAGCUCGCAAGUGAACUCCAUCGAGAACACGAAAGGUCAGAAGUGUCGUCUGCGCAUGACCCGCAUGAAGAUGCUGCACGAACUAAGCACCCCAGAUAACUACAAUGUCACCUAUGAGUACCAUGGACCCACGGGUCUGCUCAAAACCAAACUCGAUUCCACGGGACGUUCGUAUGUAUACAACUACGAUGAAUUCGGACGCUUGACAUCGGCAGUGACUCCAACUGGACGUGUGAUUGAGUUGAGCUUCGAUUUGAGCGUGAAGGGUGCCCAAGUCAAGGUAUCGGAGAAUGCACAAAAGGAGCUGUCAAUGCUCAUUCAAGGUGCCACCGUCAUUGUACGUAAUGGUGCCGCCGAGUCUCGCACCACUGUCGACAUGGACGGCUCCACAACAAGCAUUACACCAUGGGGCCACAAUUUGCAAAUGGAAGUGAUGCCUUACGCCAUAUUGGGCGAGCAGAGCCCACUACUGGGUGAGAGCUACCCAGUGCCAGCCAAGCAACGCACCGAAAUUGCUGGAGACCUUGCAAACCGCUUUGAGUGGCGCUAUUUCGUACGCCGUCAGCAACCAAUUGGCAAGCAGCUCAAGGGUUCGCGACCGGUGACCGAAGUAGGUCGCAAACUUCGUGUGAAUGGCGACAACGUGCUGACGCUGGAGUACGAUCGUGAGACACAAUCGGUGGUGGUGAUGGUGGAUGACAAGCAGGAGUUACUUAAUGUUACCUACGACCGCACCUCGCGACCUGUCAGCUUCCGUCCCCAGUCGGGUGACUACGCAGAUGUCGAUUUGGAGUAUGAUCGCUUUGGCCGUCUGGUUAGCUGGAAGUGGGGCGUUCUCCAGGAAGCGUACACCUUUGAUCGCAAUGGAAGACUUAAUGAAAUAAAAUAUGGCGACGGCUCGUCGAUGGUGUAUGCCUUUAAAGAUACUUUCGGCUCCCUACCACUGAAGGUGACAACCCCGAGACGCUCUGACUAUUUACUGCAGUACGACGAUGCGGGUGCACUGCAGAGUCUAACAACACCUCGCGGUCACAUACACUCCUUCUCUCUGCAAACAUCACUCGGUUUCUUCAAAUACCAAUACUACUCGCCGAUCAACCGACAUCCGUUUGAAAUCCUAUACAACGAUGAGGGCCAAAUACUGGCCAAGAUCCAUCCGCAUCAGUCCGGCAAGGUAGCGUUUGUGCAUGAUCCUGCUGGUCGCUUGGAAACCAUUUUAGCUGGACUCUCGAGUACCCACUACACUUACCAGGAUACCACCAGCUUGGUCAAGUCUGUGGAGGUGCAAGAGCCAGGUUUUGAGCUACGUCGCGAAUUCAAAUAUCAUGCUGGCAUAUUGAAGGACGAGAAACUGCGCUUUGGAUCCAAGAACUCUCUAGCUUCAGCGCAUUAUAAAUAUGCCUACGAUGGUAACGCCCGUCUUAGCGGAAUUGAAAUGGCAAUCGACGAUAAGGAAUUGCCAACCACACGCUACAAGUACAGCCAGAAUCUCGGCCAGCUAGAAGUAGUGCAGGAUCUGAAGAUCACACGCAAUGCCUUCAAUCGCACUGUGAUUCAGGACUCGGCUAAGCAGUUCUUCACCAUUGUGGACUACGACCAGCAUAGACGCGUGAAGAGCGUGUUGAUGAACAUCAAGAGUCUGGACGUAUUCCGUCUGGAGCUCGACUAUGAUCUGCGCAAUCGUAUCAAGUCGCAAAAGACGACGUUUGGGCGAUCAACCGCCUUCGACAAGAUCAACUACAAUGCGGAUGGCCAUGUAAUCGAAGUGUUGGGCACCAACAACUGGAAGUAUCUGUACGACGAGAAUGGCAACACGGUGGGAAUUGUUGAUCAGGGCGAGAAAUUCAAUCUCGGCUACGAUAUUGGCGAUCGCGUUAUCCAACUAGGCGAAGUAGAGUUCAAUAACUACGAUGCUCGCGGAUUUGUGGUCCGACGUGGAGAACAAAAGUAUCGCUACAACAAUCGCGGUCAACUGAUACACGCCUUUGAACGCGAACGCUUCCAAAGCUGGUACUACUAUGAUGACCGCAGCCGUCUGGUCGCUUGGCACGAUAGCAAAGGCAAUGUCACUCAGUACUACUAUGCCAAUCCGAAAACGCCACAGCUAGUCACGCACGUACACUUCCCCAAGCUGGCCAAGACCAUAAAGUUCUACUAUGAUGAUCGCGACAUGCUGAUGGCGAUAGAGAAUGCCGAGCAACGGUUCUAUGUAGCCACCGAUCAGAAUGGCUCACCACUGGCCUUCUUCGAUAUGAACGGUGGCAUUGUAAAGGAGCUGAAGCGAACACCAUUCGGUCGCAUUAUAAAGGACACCAAUCCAGAGUUCUUUGUGCCUAUCGAUUUCCAUGGCGGUCUCAUUGAUCCGCACACCAAACUAAUCUACACCGAGCGCAGGCAAUACGAUCCCACUGUGGGUCAGUGGAUGACCCCACUGUGGGAAACUCUGGCCACCGAAAUGUCCAAUCCCACCGAUGUCUUCAUCUACCGCUACCACAACAACGAUCCCAUUAAUCGCAACCGGCCCCAGAACUACAUGAUCGAUUUAGAUGCCUGGCUGCAGCUCUUUGGAUACGAUCUCAACAACAUGCAGAGCAGUCGGUACACCAAGCAGGCCCAAUAUAUGCCACAGGCCUCCAUCAAGUCGAACACCUUAGCCCCAGACUUUGGCGUAAUCUCUGGCCUAGAAUGCAUUGUGGAGAAGAUUAACGAGAAGUUCAGCGACUUCGAUUUUGUGCCCAAACCGCUGCUGAAGAUGGAGCCCAAGAUGCGUAAUUUGCUGCCUCGCGUCAGCUACCGUCGUGGCGUCUUUGGCGAGGGCGUGCUACUCUCGAGGAUAGGCGGUCGUGCGCUGGUCAGUGUCGUCGAUGGCUCCAACAGCGUGGUGCAGGACGUGGUCAGCUCGGUGUUUAACAACUCGUACUUCCUCGACCUGCACUUCAGCAUACACGAUCAGGACGUCUUCUACUUUGUCAAGGACAAUGUGCUGAAACUGCGCGACGACAACGAGGAGCUGCGUCGCCUGGGCGGCAUGUUCAACAUAUCAACCCAUGAGAUCAGCGAGCAUGGUGGCAGUGCGGCCAAAGAGUUGCGCCUGCACGGUCCCGAUGCAGUUGUCAUCAUCAAGUAUGGUGUCGACCCAGAACAGGAGAGGCACCGCAUACUCAAGCAUGCUCACAAGCGCGCCGUCGAGCGUGCCUGGGAGCUGGAGAAGCAAUUGGUCGCUGCCGGCUUCCAGGGACGCGGCGACUGGACCGAGGAGGAGAAGGAGGAGUUGGUUCAACAUGGUGAUGUGGAUGGCUGGAUCGGCAUCGACAUACACAGCAUACACAAAUAUCCACAACUGGCCGACGAUCCCGGCAACGUUGCCUUCCAGCGUGAUGCGAAGCGCAAGCGCCGCAAGACAGGCGUCAGCCAUCGACAGAGCAAUCAUCGACAGCAGCGAUACAUCGGUGAGUUGGGUGCGUGAGUGGAGGAGCCGGCAUUGGAGUGGAGCGAAGCUUACGACGAGUACGGCGAGCUGGAGCAGGACUAUUUGAUAAAGGUGGGCGAGGUGGCCACCGACUUAAGGUCGCCGCCCAAUGAUAGCAACGAGACUGUGGAGUUUUUGUAAGUAAUUGUAGGUGAAAUGCAGUAGGAUCCCCAAUCGAGGAUCGACGGAGGAUCUACGGCAGAUGGCUUCAAACGCAACACAUAUUACUAAAAGCAUAAUAUGAACUUUAAUUGAGUUUAAAGUUUAGUAUUAGAGUCAGAAGAAUCGGAUCAGGAACAGGAACAUAAACAGCACCAGCAACAGCAACAGCAAAUGAAACAGCAACAGCCCUCACUACCGAACGAAUUAACGAACAAAAAACCAUAUACAUACAUAUAAAUAAUAAUAAUAUUAAUUAUAAAAAUCUAUAAAUUGAUGUUGAGUUUAGGCUACAGAGCGUAUGUUUAAUGUGGCAUACAUACAAGUAUGUCUAUCGAAUGUGUAAUGUUUAAUGUACUUUUUUAAAACUGAUUGUAUUGAUUGUAACUGAUUGUAAUUGAUUGUAACUGAUUGUAAUUGAUUGUAAUUGAUUGUAAUCGAUGUGUAAAGCAAGCAACUAAUCGCAUUUGAGCGCCAUAUACGAGCCAUCAGCGUACUCGUAUUGAGGCAGCUGCGAGUCUUCGCACAACUCGUUGCAUAUAGUUUUGUAUAAAGCAUACAUAUACAUGUGUAUAUCAAAGGAGCAACAGCAUGAGCACAAUAUAUAAUACUAUAUAUAGUAUAUACUAUAAAGAUAUAUACGUAUUACAGAAAAAAAACUAGUUUGAUGAUGCUGUCCCCUGUGGAUUUUGUGUUUAGUCUACAAAUAGGCAACAAAUAUUAAAUAGCAAAGAAAAAAAGAAAAGAAAGAAAAACAUCCCAUAUAGUAUAUAUAUGCAUACAUAUAUAAAAUUAGUAAGAUGGAAAUAAAUAUUGAUAUGACGUGCAUACACAUACAGAUAUAAACUCAAAGGAAACGUAAUUAAAUGUAAAAAGUUUAAAGCCACACACACACACAACAACAACAAAAACAAAAACAACAACAGCCACGAAUAGUAACCACUUAGCUUAGCCCACUCGUAUGUAUGGAAAAAAAAACAAGAAAAGAAAAAACGAAACACAAAGUGAACAAUUUAAGCAGCAGCUUCGUUUUCAUAAAAAUCGCUUUGAAUAUGUAUAUAAAAUACCAACAACAACAAACAAAACUACAACUACUAAACUAUGCUUUAACAUAUAACGCCUAAUUGUUAGUUUACUAUUUGUAUAAUUUGAUUUUCAUUUGUGUAUUAUUUUAAUUGAAAAUCAACUCACACACUCACUUCAACGAAUGCUCGAAUUCAGAGGACUUUAAAGCGCGUCUACUUAACUUCUUCAGCCGCAAGCCAAAAAGCAAAGAAUUGAAAUCUCUUAACAGUUGAACGCUUGAUAAUCCUUACUAAACAAUUACUGACUGCUUCUCUAAUACUCUUACUCCGCUGAAAUGACACUUUCCGACCCAUUGUCUAACGUUAUACGAUUAAUGUUGAAUUUAUUCAGAACGCAAAAUGCAUUAAACAACAACUUUUUACAAAUUGUGAUAUAUUUCUAAACAUUUCAUUUCAUUAACAAUAUGGGAACGCAAGCGAAAGACUUGCAUGAAAUGUUGCAAAAGAAAAAUCAAAGUAACGAGGAAAGUGAACCGAGAGGAAAGUUUUAAACAAAUUGAGUUAUUUUCUCAAUUUUUUCAACUUAGUUAUUAUAAACAUAUUUUGUAUUUUACACUUAUAGUUUUUAAACAAACAAAAUGCAAUAUUUAGUUUCGUCAGUUUGCCAUGUUAAUUUUAAAAGCAAUGCAUUUUAUACGCAUUUAUUUUACUCGACAGAUUAUACACCUAAUACUGAUGGUUUUCAGUUAAGCAAUAUUUACAACAAUUAUUUUAUUGAGUUUAUUUAACUGCAACUUCCCCGGUCCCAAAUAUUGUUUUUUUUUUUCUUCAGCAAACUUUGCACUUAAAGUCGUUGGCAUUUUGCUGGCAUUUUUAUGUUUAUAAUUAUUAACAUUAUUAAACUAUUUAUAACUAAACUAAAAUCUAUUGACUAUUGAGAUAUAAACUAGCAUAAACCCCUAGUGCGCAUAAUUAAGUCUUAAAGAAUAUACAAAUGAGAACAAAAACAAAAGAUAAUAUAAAGUCCCAUAUAACCGUAAAAGCAAACACCUUGUAAUAUAUACACUGAACUACACGUAGCCACUAAGACUUAGGCUUAAAAACUUGAAAACUCGUAAUGAAAUCGAAAAAAAAAAUUAGCACCUAACUAUUGUGAAAAUGAGCGAGCAUCGUCGCCGUCGUCGUCGGUGUCUUCGGCAUCGAGGAAGUAAAAUGAAAGCGUAGUAAUUAGCUAAAGUGUUAGUAAUUUUAUUAAAUAAAAUUAUAAAUGAAAGGAAAAGAAAAACAGAAAUAUGACAAACAAUUAAACACUAUACUUAAGCGAAGCAGGGGAAACUCGAAAAUUAAUUAUCACGUGAGUGAAACGAAUGUUGUGUACAAAACGAAUUGAAAAUGCGAGCGCAGAAAAACACAAAUUUUCAUGUUUUCCAAAAAUAGAAAGCAACUUCAACAUCAAAGGGAAAUUCUCACACAACAUAAAAUUGUAAAAUAGCAGCAAAAGUAUAUAAAUGUAUAUGUAAUUAAAAUUAAGCAGCAUUACAUUAACCAAAAUAAAAUUUAAAAAAAAAGUUAUUGAAAUCAGCAAGAUCGAAACAAGGCAAGCAUAACAUUCUGACUGAAAUAAGCAAGUUAAAAGAUGAGAAAUUAAAAUCAAUAUUCUUUUGCUUACAUUUUCUUAUUGCACAUUUUAUUUCCCAACUUUAAAUCAAACAGUAAUUGUUUUUCAAAUGAACUGCAAAUUUUCUGCAUUCCUCGAUUGAGCAUAAUUUCAAAUUAAUUAUAAAUACCACAGACCUUGAAAACAAACACACACGAGCUACAUACGUAAAUAUUCAAGUGUUUCGUACACGAACAGAAAUAAUAAUAACAAUUACAAAAUUACGAUCAGUAUUUAAAUUGUAUGUGUGAAAUUGUCUCAAAACUCAAUCAGAACGGUAUGCAGAAAGUAAAUCUAAUUUUAAAAAUAAAAGCAAUUGAUGGCAAGAACAAAACAAAAACAAGCAUUAAUUGUAUACAUAUGAAAUACAUUUAUGGCAAGCCACAAAAAAUGAUAAUACAUCCACAUAAAUAUAUAUAAUACCUAA